CUCAAGUACCCUUAAAUAAGGAAGGGAAGAAUCUUCAAUACUGAGUUCCGUAGCAAGAAGUGAACCAUGAACGCAUUCAUCAUUUCAUGCUUUGUCGUCCUAGCCUGGGCUCCUGGGCUUUACUCAGGUCAAACACAACCGGCAAGAGAGCUGUGGACUAAAAUCAACCUCCUCCCAGUAUGCUUUGAGGGCCAAGGCGACAGGCCAGGUCACCUGGUUUAUGUUGGGCCGGGGAAGCUGGUGGGAGCAUUAAAACUUGUGUACAAGUCCGGAUCUAUUCGGUGCGGCGCAAACACCGCUUACGACAGCCGAUGGGGCUGCUAUCAAGUCAAUGGCAUGACGCAGUUUCCACUGAACGUGGUCAUUACCGAUGAGCAUAGGAAUGUGAUCUUCCCACUGCCCAAGAACCUCGCCACCAAUGGCUUUAAGUCAGGUCUGUGGUACUACCUGCCAAUGACUGACUCCGGUCACUCCGACGAGCUGGUGUUCACAAACUACCUGGAUCCGUUCUACCUACCGAAGUACCAGAAGCUGAUGGUCUGGUACGGAGAAGACCUUACGAACUGGUAUGAAGGUGAUGACGUAGGCAGGGUCUGCGUGGAUGUGUACGCGCAUAUGCUGUAAGGGGUACUGCCGCUGGUCAUGUUGUUUGGCCUUUGAAUUGGCAAUAAAAUGUACGAGAUUAA